CGCAGAAGCACCUUGUCGAGUUCAAGUUUCUGCCACCAGUGGCGCUGGCUCUGCCCCGGGUAACGUCGGCGGCUAGACGUGCACGAGGCCGGUCAGAACGCUGGUGCUACCGCUAGGAGCAGGGAGCAACGGCAGUUGCUCACACGUUCGUGAGACAUUGAAUGAAAGUUAAAAAAAUUUUCAUUUUCGUACGACAUUCUUUAAAUUCAGUGGUGGAUCAAGUGCUAGGCAAUUUUGAAUAAAAGAAAAUUGAAUUAUUACCAGUGAUUUUUGAGUGGACAUACGUGAGUGAAUAUACGUGACCUUAUCGAUUUCUGAAUAAAACUGGUGAGAUAGAAAGAAAAACAAUUUAAAAGACGAAAGAAAAUGUUGUCGAUCGUGCAGCUCGUGUCGAAAUGGACCGUCUUCUUAUUGGGUCUCGUCGUCAUUUUGACGCCCGGACCGACGUCGGCUGCAUCCGACACUGGGAAGCAUCAUUAUAACAUCUCCGGCAUCCUCAACGGACUUCAGAUCGGCUAUGACAAACGCGUUCGUCCCAAUUACGGCGGAAUUCCGGUGCAGAUUCAAGUUUCGAUGGGCAUCAUCACCAUCAGUUCCCUGUCGGAAGUGACGAUGGAUUUCACGCUGGAUGUUUACUUCCGGCAGUUUUGGACGGACGACCGGCUUUCGUUCCAGCGCCAGAGGGGCGUCGAAAUCCUGUCGGUGAGUACCGAGUACUUGCGCAACAUGUGGGUGCCCGACACUUUUUUCCCUAACGAGAAAACGGCCUACCUGCACACGGUGACGACGUCCAACGAAUUCGUCCGCAUCCGUCACGACGGUGAAAUUACGCGCAGCAUGAGAAUAACCAUCACGGCGUCGUGCCCCAUGAACCUCAAGUAUUUCCCGCUGGACAGCCAGCUCUGCCCGAUUGAAAUCGAAAGCUUCGGUUUCACGACCAACGAAAUUUGGUACAAAUGGGUGGACAGCCCCAAGGCCGUUUCCAUUUUCCCCGAGGUGGAACUUCCCCAGUUCCAGGUCAUGGGCUACCGCAAACGUGAAUACAGCUACAGUCUGACCACAGGCAAUUAUUCCCGACUGGCGUGCGACAUUCAGUUCGUCCGCUCGAUGGGCUUCUAUUUGAUUCAGAUCUACAUCCCGUCCAGCUUGAUUGUCGUCAUCUCGUGGGUCUCGUUCUGGAUCAACCGCAACGCUGCUCCGGCCAGGGUCUCGCUGGGCGUGACGACGGUGCUCACCAUGACGACGCUCAUGUCGUCAACCAACGCCCAAUUGCCAAAAAUCUCCUACGUCAAAUCCAUCGAUAUCUACCUGGGCACCUGCUUCGUCAUGGUCUUUGCUUCGCUCCUGGAAUACGCCGCCGUGGGCUACAUCGCUAAAAGGAUCGAAAUGAGGAAGAAACGCUACCAGAAUUUGCAGAAAUUGGCCGAGCAGAGACGGGCUGCCAUGCAGGCCAGCAGCAAUGCGGGAUCGGGCGGUCUGGACGGCGAGACGGCCUCUUCUACCGUCGCCAAGUCGCACUGCAAGAACAACAAAUCGGGUAGCAGCACGGUGGUGCAGGUGACGGCCGUGGGCGACACGGACGACCUGGCGCUGGUCAGCCAGGGCAAGAAUUUGAACGUCAUGUACGGCGCCUCGCCGUCGACCAUCGACAAAUAUUCGCGAGUCAUUUUCCCCGUUUGCUUCACCUGUUUCCACCUCAUGUACUGGGUCAUCUACCUCCACGUCUCCGAGGUCGACACCAAGGACCUCACCCUACACAAUCCCAAAUAAUCAUCACGCCAAACCCCCCCCCCCCCCCCCAACUCGGCGUCGAUUUCUCUCAUCAAUCCAAUCAAUUUUAAGCAAAUUAAAAUAAUACUAUAUCAUCAUUUUUUAAAAAGGGAAGGAAGGUGCGCGGCCAGUGUAAUUGACGGCCCCGCACCCUACCCGCUAAAAUACGCACGAAUCUAAAGCAUCAAAUGGCGAUCCAUUUUCAAUUAAAUACGAUAUAAUUAAUUAGUUAAAACCCCCCUCCCCUUAAAAAACCAUUUUCCUCCUCAUCAAUAUGUUUCCUUUUCUCUCUGUAAUCUUUUUCGAUGAUGAAAUUUUUAAUUUGUUUUUCGUUUGAUCUCGCGAUUUAUACGCAAUACGAAAAAAUUGUAAGAUAAAAUAUUUAAAUAAUACUAGACAGUUUAUUAUAUACAUAAAAAAACAUCUUUUCGUCGCUCUCUUACUUCUCAAUUGAAUUGAAUAAUUAUUAUAUAAUGCUAGCUAAUUGAUUUGAAAAUCAUUCGUUAUUAUAUAAUCAUUUUUCUAUGUAAUAUAUUCAACUAACUAUAUAUACUACUGCCUCAUAUAAUAAAAGUAUUUUUUUUAUAAUAUCAAGUAUAUACAGGUAUAUAUACUUCAGACUACUACUAAUAAUAAUAAUGUAAUUAUAAAUUAUAUUGACAUGAAUCUCUCCAGGUUGUGUAUUAAUUAUUAUUAUCGUAUGUUAUCUUGUUUUCGAAAAUAUCCUCUCCCCUCAACAAAAUUUUUAUCUCUUUCAUCAACUAUUAUUAAAAUAUCUAUCUCUCUCUCUCACCAUUUUACUCUACUAGUCAUCCUGGGGCUACAACAUCUAAAUUUUUCAUUUCAUUAAUUACGUAACAAAUUCAAUUUUUUCAAUUUAAACCAAAACAAAUUAA